AUGGUUCGGGAGUGCGCGGCGGAUCAACCACCAGCGGGCGGCCAGCAAGGGGGAGCUGGUGGGGGAGGAGCUGAGCACGAGGCUCCUGGUGCUGUGGGCAUUGGCGGAGGAGCUGUUGCACCGACCAUCGACAUGGGAUUGAUCGGGACGAGCUACAGUCAAUCCAGGUUUGGAUUUGAACAUAUCUCUGUGAUGCCGCUGCUGGAGGGAAGGCACGACCUCACCACAUGGGUCAGCACCAUCCGGCCUCAGCUCUA